AUGGCAACACAGGGGUCAAGAAGUAUUCUGUUCACAAGUACAUUACCACAGCAGGGAUUCCGACUGUUGGAAUUGACGCCCGAAUUGGAGGAACUCUUGUCUUUGGAGGAUGCGCCGACUCUCCAAUUGAAAUCUCCCUCUGCCGCACUGGCCCGCGCCGUGAUCGAUCCCAGCGCCCUCGAAUACGUCAACCUGUGCACACCGACCCGAACCUAUCGCAUUCGCCAAGUCCAAUCAUCCAAUUCCCUUCACAUCCUGCAACCGAGUCUAGGACAGAUCUCCAAAGAAGAUAUCAAAGUCGUCGAAGAUACAGACACCGACGGCGAGAACAUCCAAUCCCUAACCACCCUCGUCGAUGGAACUGUGACGACCAUUGCAAAAUGUGGAUCGACCCUGGAAUUGCACACCCCCCCGGAAGGGUUCUCCGCCGUGCCCUUUUUGGAAAAGAGUCUGGCUUUGUAUGAUCGGCGGAUUGGGGACGAGGAUGUGGAUGUGGAUGUGGACAUGGUUCAUGCGGACGAGUCAAUGGACGGGUUCAAUACGUCGGCACCGGUCGAUGGGCGGACUUUGCGAGAUCGAGUUUUUGCGGAUAUCCCUGUGUCGGCGGAGCAAUGUGAAGUGGCAUGGAUGGGGCUAUGUGCUUUUGUCGAUGAGAGGCAGGGGAUUUGUUUUCGGCCGUCGGCGCGGAUGCGAUUGACGCUUUGGAAACGACUCGUGGAAGGGGCGACGUUGCAGGGGAUCGAUCUCAACAAGCAGUUUCUGGUGAGAGAUCUUUGGAAAUCGGUGCUUGAUGACGACGAUGAUAUGAAUGGGGAUGGGAAUGGAAAUGUGGCUUCUCCGUUUCCACGAGCCUUUUUUGAAGCUGUGGUUCGAAGGCUUUGCGUGGUGGACGAGAGACCUGCCUUGUCCGCAGAGGUGAAAUGGGCAAGCUUUGACAAGGUCGAAUGCGCUUCUUGGGUUGGUGAAACCUACCUUGCCGCCACAGCACCUACGUCGACAUCAGCCGUCAGCCGGAGCGAGUUUAUCCACGCAUGGAAAGAUUGUCUUCCCGAAUCCUGGGGUGAAGAGGCGUCGCUCUCCAAGUUACCCCCGGGCUCCUUUCAGAAUUCUGAUCCUACAACGCUUUACUAUGUUGACCCGUCGCAACGUCAGCAGACGGGCAAGGCUGCAGGUUCAGCGCCCGCGGCUGCGACCAAGGUCAAAUCCGCAAGAAACUGGCACGAAUUGCUCAAAAAUCCAAAGAGUCGUUGA